AUGCCUCUACUGCCCAGCACCAUGUGCCUAGCAAGCCUGCUCUUCUGGACAGGCCAGACAGCAAGCACCUUGUUGAUGUCCAAUGCCACCCUGGUGCUGGUCCGGCCUGAGGUCACAGCCAUGAGGCCCCUGACCAGCCUGGGGGUGCCUAGGUACCAUCAGAAGCGCUACAUCUCUGCCCUGGACAUAAGUGCCCUAUUGGAUUAUCACAACUCCAUCCGUGCCAGUGUGUACCCACCUGCUGCCAACAUGGAGUACAUGGUUUGGGAUGAGUGGCUGGCCAGUUCUGCUGAGGCCUGGGCUACCCAGUGCAUAUGGGCCCAUGGGCCCUCACAGCUGAUGAAAUAUGUGGGGCAGAACCUCUCCAUCUAUUAUGGCCGGAACAGCUCUGUGAUAGAUCUCGUGAAGAUUUGGGCAGAUGAGAAGCGAUAUUACUCCUUUCAGAUGGACUGUAACCCACACUGCUCCUGGCUUUGCAGUGGUGUCUGCUCCCACUAUACCCAGAUGGUGUGGGCAUCCUCCAACCGGGUUGGCUGUGCCAUUCAUACCUGUGGCAGCAUCAACGUCUGGGGCAGUACUUUGCAUCAGGCAGUGUACCUGGUCUGCAACUAUGCCAUUAAGGGCAACUGGAUUGGGGAGGCACCAUACAAGAUGGGGAACCCAUGUUCUGCCUGCCCCUCCAAGUACCAAGGCAUGUGCAAAAGAAACAUGUGCUUCUCUGACCUCAGCUCCAACAGGCUCCCAAGGUUCUGA